CAUAUGGUAUUGAUCAAUAAUAUUGUAAACACUGCCAAUGUCAGUUGGUCAAUGUGUUGAAAAAACACUUCUUUUUAGAGCUACGUACAGUGUUCAAUGAGAAUUCAAGACGUUUAACAUGUCAACGCCCUUAAUAGACCCUUCAGCUCACGGCAGUACUGCUGGUACGUUUGAAGUGACUGAAGGAGACCCCAAUAGCAAUGCAGACAAACCUGGCACCUGGUGGUUCCUGAAAGCAGAGCUGAAGGAAUACAGAAACUCUCUGCUGGUGUCUUUUAUACUGCUUCUAACUGGAUCAGCCCUUCUUCUAAUUGGAAUUGUACUUGAAAUAGGCGUGAAAGAUCAUGCAGCUGGUACCGUCUGUAUUGUCGCUGGGGUUCUUAUGUUUAUUCCUGGAUUGUACUACACAGGCUAUGCAUUCUUUGCCACAAAGGGCUAUCAGGGAUUCGAUCUGAGUAAUCUAAAAUACUUCCGGCUCAGUAAAUGAUGUCACAGCUGAAUUACAAGUAUAAACAGAAAUAUAUUCAUAGUCUUCUUACUAACUUGGACUUCAGCAAUCAUUCAGUGGCACCUGUAUAUUGCUGUGGCUGGCAGAGGGGCAUACGUAUGUUAUGUGUGUUAUGUUCUGUUAAUAAGCAAAAUGUUGUCAGCAUUCAAAUGCCCGUAGCUUCAAAACUUGGUGUAUAUUUGAUUAAGAAACAAAUUAAAUUAAGUAGUUUCGAUCCAUUCUCUCUAUCUUUUUUUCUUAGUUGAUAAAGAGAGAAUUUCUGUUGUCUUGUUUUUAAAAUGUGAUAAUACGUAUUGAGCAGUCCAAAUCUUAGUUAUCCGAAAUAUGCUUUGCUUGUGCACGCACUUACAACCUUUUGCCAACAGGUCAAUGAUAUAGAGACUCUGUGAGGAGGGUCACAACUGUAGUCUUUAUAAGCAGGUGGUCAUCUUUUUGUACAGGUUUCACUGAGAAAUAUUUUUCAAUUAGAUUGCUUUUUAAGGGAAACUAAAGUGUGGUCUUUAUAGACAGGUGUUUUUUUUUUUUAGAUAAGGGUGGCUUUUAAAACAGGUUUCACUGUACUGACAUUUAGAUUGCUGUUUAUACCACCAAAAGGGUGCUAUUGUUCAUAACCGUGUUGGACAAACAAAGGCAUGUUUUUUUUAUUGAAUGCUUAUGAACUGUCAAAUGAAAUACAAUGGAGUAAUGUUAGCACCAAGAUGGCAAGAUGAUUGGAAAUGUGUCUCACAAUUGAUAUUUGUGAUGCAUGUUUUUAUCAAACUUGACAUGGUUAGGUUAGAUUAUAAUUCAUAAUUUCUCCCCUAUUUUUUAAAUCUUCAAAUUACGUCUAUUUUUGAAUGUGCUUAUUAUUUUGCUUGUGUGACAAAAGAUAUGUGGUGAGAAUAUGUUCCCAUUUUAGAGUCUGAGUUGGAUUAGUUAAACUUUUAGCUUUUUUAUACAAGUGUAUCUACUCUUGCCAUUCUUAGUACAGAAUGAAAGGAAUCCAAAUGGUUCUGUAGAAUGCUGCUGCUUUAUUUUUGGAAUAUGCUUUGAUGUUCUAUAUUUUACAGUAUGUAUGAGAGAAGUAGGAGGAUUAUCCUAUGGGAUGUUAGAUUCAAACUAAGAAAUAUAUCAGAUGAUUCAUGUUGUUAGUAUGGAUAUCAAGCUGAAGCCUUUUUGUAGAAUGAAAUUUUUUUCAAAAGGAUAUGUUGAAUGAAUGAAAAUGAAAAGACAAAAGUUGGAUGGAGCAAAAAUAGUUUUGGGUUGCUAAAUAGUCCAUACUGGAAAUGUUCUUGUUGCAUAAUUUGUGAGAAAGUAUAAUUGAAGAAAAAUUGGUCUGUAGUAAUAAAAAGUAGGUGCCAUAUACAGUAUUACAGUGCUUAGCUUGCCUGAAGCCUUUUGAGAACAGUAACAUAGCCACUUAACAAAAAGAAAGUAAUUUUAUUUUUUAGACAUUUAGAUGAAUUUACGAGCAACAAGAACUUGUCGUAAUAUUUGGCAGCUAGCCAACCCAAGGUUUACAUAAUAAAUGGUUAUCAAAAGUUAGUGAAUGACAGAACUGAAAUAUAUUGCUGUGUCACAGUUAUGUUAUUAUGCAUAAACUACUCUUGAACUCUGAUAGAAUUUUUGUUGUUGAUCAAAUUCCCUGACAAGCAACUUGGCAUCAGAUUUCAAAAGGCCAACCCACACCCCCCUGUUUUUAUCUAACGGUAUUCUAAGAUAUAAGAAUGCAUCAGUGAUUUAAAAUGUUUACAAAUUAGGAAACAGAAAAGGUUUUCUAUCUCCUUUAAAAAAGAAUUACAAAAAUCAAUUAAUAAUUUUAAAAUUUUGUUAGGCCUACAAACUUAAGCAUUCAUCAAAUUAAAAUGUUUUUCUUUUUUGCCGAUAAAAAUUAGGUACCCCCCCCCACCCCAUUUCCCUCUAGUGAUGCAUGACAUUUAAUUAAAGUUUAUUGCCCGCCAGCAAGUGAAUAUUUUGUGGUAUUUUUUAUAUCAUGUAACUGGUGGAUCUGUUUCGUCUAGGUGUUACUGCAAAAUAUAUUAUAACUUCAGGGAUGAUAUUCAAAGGAGAUUGUUAUGAAUGAUAGGAUUUGAAAAGUACUGGUAGAUGGAUAAGUGCAAUUUCUAUACAAGAUUUCAGCAUGGGUUUUCAUUUGUAGAUAUAUGUGGAACUACUUUUUAUUCUUAUUGUAUGUAUUCUAAUAUUUAUAUAUAUAUUAUUUGAAGGUCAGAUUUGCUUCUUGAUAGAAUAUUUUUAUUGUGCAUUUACAUUCAAUAUGCACCUUUUUACCAGGUGCCUAAUGACAAAAUCUUACAUUCACGUUAUGAUUUAUAUUUUCAAUAGUUUUGUGGACAUGUCAUGUUUUAGUGGUUCCUUCACUUGACUCUCAAUCCAAAGGUCGAGGGUUUGAAUCCCAGCCAAGCACUAACAUACUUUGGCAAGACAUUAGUCCACAUUUACCACUCUUCACCCAGGUGUACAUUGGUACCUGCUGAUUAUGGCUGGGGUAAUAAUAAUUGCAGGGCUCUCAGGAGGAACAGCAUUGAUGCUUGUGAGACUUCCCUGGGUAAUCAACAUUAUUAUUAUUAUUGUUAACAUUGAUAUGGUUAGAGUUCAGACGGAAUACAUAUGGUGUUGUUAGAUCAAACUAGCCUUAAAGUAUACCAAUCACCUAAAACAUCAUUUGUGCAUGGCAAGAAUGUAUAAACUCAACCUCCUAAAACUUUAGUCUAAGGGCUAACGAAUAAGGGGUAUGUAGGAAUAAAAAUGAUAUUAAAGCCUGUGGACGGAACCCAAGUUGGACUUAGGUUCAAUGCCUCUUUACAGAAGUACUAAUAGAAGCUAUUAGCGACAAAACAGGGGGGGGGGGAUGUUUUUUAUUUUUUUAUAAUAAUUUUAUUAUUUUUGUAUAAUAAUUUUAAUGAUUGGUACACUUUAAUUUGGAACUGAACUACCCUACAUGCAAUAUGCAUUUCUGACUAUUGAUAUGAAGUAAGACUGAGAAAACUUGUAAAUAUGAAUGUAUUGUAAAUUUGGAAUAUUACAUUUACAUUGCAUAAUAUGAUUGCAUGAAUUCUAUUUGCUGAUUAUAUUUUAGUUUAUGCAAUAUUUUGUUGGUACUAUGAGGCUGAAUGUAAUGUACUAGUAUAUAGUUGUGCGUUACCAAUAUUUAUCACCUUGCGUACAAUUCUCAGAUAUAUUCCAAGCUUUUAAAGGUUUACUGGAUGGUCUGACGUCUGCCCCUGUGGCAUUUCUAACAGUCUGUUCUAAUAGGGUUAGUGUUAGGGUCGUAGAUGGGUUAUUAGGU